UUAAAAAUCAAAUCAAUAACUUUGUUCACAGCACAGGCCAUCAACCAGUAGGACUUUGUUUACAAAUACGCGUUGAUAAAAUAAUACCAAAAAAGAAAAUUAGCAACAGUAAUUGAAUGAUGGCUUUAUAAUUCGUAAUGAAUGCUUCGUUAACUUUUGAAGUUUUGUUAUAUUUAAAUUCGUAUUACUUUGGAUUAUUUGCAGUAUGUGAAAUAGGUAUGAAUGUUGUAAAAGCAAUUAAUUUAUCGCUGCCAAAUUUUGAGACCGAUUUUGGAAUUUUACUGGCCGUAUGCAUAUUGGAAUUGUUUCGAGUUAUAUUGGCAAGACGAGGAAAUCUAACUGAGAAAGCCUGGCCGGUGAUAUUGGCUUUAUCACUGACAAUACCAUCAGCAGUGGGUGUAGUUUACUUUGUUUUCUGGCAGAGUGUUGUGUUACGGUUGGAGUAUAUAAUAUGCGGGAUUCAGUUUGUAUUUCAAAUGGCCGAAAUUCUGUUUGGAAUACUGUGUCUUUUACCAGUUUGCAAAAAUCCAGAGUAUUAGAAGUAUUUAUUUUCUACGUAUUUGUACACUGAACAAUUUUCUCUAGUCUAGUCGAGUUUUAAUAAAAUUAACUUUAUAAUU